GAGUGGGUUUGCGCGGUGUUUACAACCGUCUCGCCACACGUGUAAUUUUAUUACACUGUACUUUAAUCUCUUAUUCUUUGUGUCUUUCCACACAUUACACGAUUGUUCGUCUACAAACUCACAAAUAAACUGGAAUUUUCAAUGUGGUGUCUGUAAAGUUGUUCACAGCUUCUCAUUGCCUCUGUCACUGAACUGAAGAAUUUACCUGAAGUCGAUUCCAGAUCUCUAGCAUUUCCUCACUGAUGUUGUCAACUACUCGCCAGUGGUCCGAAAAGUUUGUUAUAAAGCAUCCUUGGCAUGAUGUUGUCAGUUCUGUACAGAUUAAAUACCCUAACCCUUACAAUCCAAAUGUACUGAACAUAGAUGUACUCAACCGCCAUGUUGAUUGCGCCAGUGGUGUAAUACGCAGCUGCAAACUUAUUAAUUCUUCAUGGCCUAUGUUUAACGUGGGUUACCUCAGGGCACUAGAAUAUAGCUGUAUUCAAGUACCAGAGAAACGUAUGACAUCAAAGACUGUGAAUAUAGACCUUCACGGUGUUCUCAACGGCUCAGAAAUUAUGGAGUAUACUGUUCACCCCGAAAACAAAGACUGGACUGUACUCGAACACUCCAUUUCAGUGGAAGCAUUUUCACUCAUCGCAAUGUCGGCCAUAAGCUUUUGCAGGCAAACUGCAUAUCAGGGUCGAGAGGCUCUUAACUGGGUAAUCAGUCAUCGACUUCCCACUAUCCAACCAUCUCAUAACAAUCAACCCGGCAAUUUGAUUCCUACCAAAAAGGAUGAACAGUUGAAUUCAUUAUAUUCAGAUGCUACGCUUUCACUCUCCGACUCAUCUGCUCAGAAUUUCGAUUCAUCUUUCCUAAAAUCUAAACCAGUUACACUAAGUCCAGAGAAUAUAUCACCAUUAUACACAAAAUCUGCUGAUUCAUCUUUCUUCACUGAAAUCUCCAGAUAUAAUCCUUCGAUUACAAAGUUUGCCAAAGAUCAAUCUGGAACUGAUUCUUUGGGAUCAAGGUUGCAGACAUUUUCCCGUGAUGUAACUGCUAUUACUGACGCUUUAGUUAGACGUUCUCAACGAGUAGCACGUCUUUUUUCUAGAAUUGAUGAAUAUGUAGUUGUUCUUUGAGUGAUGAAAUUUGAAUUACCUUUCUUAUAUUUCUAACUAAUUCCUUUGUCGUAGUGCUUUCACUGUUUCUUGUAGAGAGUUAAUCGUAUUCCCACUCUGACAACAAUAUCUUCAAAGUGAUGAAAUUAUUCUUGCUUCAAUUGGAUGGAAAAUUUAUUUCUGACGAUAUGUCUGACUUCGUUUAUAGAAUGGGUUUAGCGUCAGAGCAAACUGUUCGAUUUCUAAUAAAUUAAUUGUGAUAAUUCACUUGAAUUCUCAUGGCAAUUGAAUGAGUUAAACAAAUGCAAUAGUAUAAUUGCUUUUAUUAUACCGUCGUUGAUUGGACCCAAUUGAUCGGUCUCUAUUGGCAUAUAGACUCCUGUGCUGAUGCCUCAAUAUAACCUGAGUUCUAAUUAUAGUAAAGAUGGCGAGUCCCAAAUAAGACGAAAUACGCAUCUUGGAUUCCACUGCUAGCCAUUAUCCAUCUUUACUAUAAACAAAUGCAACUUUAUGCAAUUGUCAAAUGGAACAUAGAACAGAUAUUACGUCGGUCGAUUGAGCUAAAAUGUUUGAGUGUAAUGUUAACUUUUGUAUAUAUAGGACUGCUGGUAGUAAUGUACUUACCAGGUGCUGAAGUCAUUUGUAACAGCUGACAUCCAACAGGUUCUGGUGGACGUGAGUUGACUGAUAGUAUUCCACUUUUCUAAAAUUGUAAAUAAUCUAAUUUUGAGUUAUUAUAUUCUGAAAUAUAUGUGAAUAAUUUGC